CUCUUCUCCAAACCCCUAAAUGACUGCGUGGCGCGUGCUAACUGCUAAGUACUAACAGUAACAACUCUCAAGUCACUGAAAUCGGAGCCCAGUGGUUAAUUACUGACCCUCACUUCUAAAGUCCACACCUUUCUUCUUCUUCUUCUUCUUCCACUGCAGCCUCGGCAUUUCCAACAAAGCGAGAUCUCAACUGGGUCUGGUUAGAUCCAGAUAUUCGCUACGUUUCCCUUGUCAGCAAAAAUGUUUAGGCUACUGCUCAGAUCAAUGUCAAGUUUGUUCCUUUUCAGUGUUCUGUUUUCCGUCGCGGGUUUUCUGGUUGAGGGUUCGGUCCACGAGUAUAAGGGGGAGAAAUUCGUGGGGAGAGGGAAUGCCUUAGUCGUUCAUGGCGGCAGUGAAGGGAUUUAUUUCUCCCGCCCUUCUUCCAAUCUCAACGACAAGGCCGCUAAUGGAGAUGCCUUCAUUCGCUUCGAAAAGGUCACAUUCCGAAGACCCAAGGACGUGCAUAACUUCACUUCAGGACUAGUACAUGCUAUCAUAUUCGAAGUAGAAGACAGAGAGCUGAUCGGUGGUUCAGCCUAUGGGGGCCAGAGAGCAAUCUGCUGUACUCCCGAUCUUGCAAAACUCGAUGCCUGCACUCAAGGAGAGAUCAUCCAUCGUCCUUCAACAACAGAUCCAGGCUUCCCCUAUGUACUCACCGACUCCUUCAAUCAUGACAAAGACGCGGCGACGCUACCAUCGAGGUCGAUUGAGAUCACCAAAACCGGCAUGUACAACCUAUACUUCGUGAUCUGCGACCCAAAUCUAAAAGACGUGGUAGUAGAAGAAGGGAAAACUAUAUGGAAGAACCCUACAGGGUAUCUCCCGGGAAGAAUGGCUCCACUAAUGAACUUCUAUGCAUUCAUGUCCAUUGCAUUUGUUAUACUCGGGAUCUUCUGGUUCUCACAGUAUGCUCGGUUUUGGAAGGAAGUUUUCCCAUUGCAAAACUGCAUUACUCUGGUGAUUACCUUAGGGAUGUUGGAGAUGGCAUUGUGGUAUUUCGACUAUGCGGAGUUCAACGAGACUGGGAUUCGACCGACUGGGACCACUGUGUGGGCAGUUACAUUUGGCACUGUGAAGCGCACGGUGGCACGUCUAGUGAUACUGAUUGUUUCAAUGGGGUAUGGGGUGGUGAGGCCAACAUUGGGAGGGCUCACAUCGAAGGUGCUAAUGCUAGGAGGGACAUUUUUCUUGACUUCUGAAGUGCUUGAGUUGGUGGAGAAUGUUGGUGCGGUGAGUGAUUUUUCAGGCAAGGCCAUACUGUUCUUGGUUCUUCCAGUUGCACUCUUGGAUGCUUUCUUCAUCCUCUGGGUAUUCAAAUCACUUUCUGCCACGUUGAAUAAACUUCAGGCAAGAAGAAUGAUGGUCAAGCUUGAUAUAUAUCGGAAAUUCACGAAUGCUUUGGCUGUAGCAGUUGUUGUUUCAGUUGGUUGGAUUUGCUACGAGUUGUACUUCAAAUCUCACGAUGUUUACAACGAGCACUGGCAGAACGCAUGGGUGAUUCCAGCUUUCUGGCAAUUCCUCUCCUUCUCUCUCCUAUGUGUCAUCUGUGUUCUUUGGGCUCCCUCACAAAACUCCAUGCGGUACUCUUACUCAGAUGACACCAACGACGAGUUCGACAAGGAUGAGAGUUCCUUGAGACUCAUUAAACCGGCUUCCUUCCCCACAAAGGAUGGUGUACAUACAUCAGAUCCCAGACCCGUCUCGCCUAGCAAUGGAGCAACCGAUGGCGACACAGGAGAGGAGAAGACGGCGUGAGAUAAGGGUAGUACGAUAUAGCACAUGGUAAUGUUUGAACAUUGCACUAGGGUAAGAUUAACUUGAGGAUAUAUGCCCUUUGUUUCUUUUGCAAUAGUGAGAGAAUGAGUUGAGAUGUUCUGUUACCCUUCUUACCUCUUAGUUUCUUUGUAUUAGUUUCUUAUUUUCUUUUCCUUUUUGUUUGGCUCAUGAUGUUCCUCUCAGUGUAUUUUGCCACACAUAGGUUGUUAUAUAGGAAGGGAGCUUUCCUGAAGGCGGCUUGUUGAUGUUGUUGUUCCUAUUUUGAUUUGUGAUACCCCAUUUAUAAAUUUUUAGAAACCUUCCUCAUCUUAGUUUGCAAUGUCUCUUUCCAUUACCUAGC